CAGCUAGUGCUAGAGGAACCAUUAACCAAGAAGAAGAAAAGAGACAAAAAUUCAUAGAAUUUUAGCUUUUGUCACAUCGAUCGAUUUUUUAUUUCUUCAUAAAAAUGUCACUUAACAUACGUGGGGAUUACAAUGGAAAAGAAGACGAAGAAAUAGAUUCGCAAACGAGUCAAUGGUACGGAGUACGAGAAGCUACAUUGUUUCUCGUCGAUUGUACAGAGAAAAUGUUUAUGCUUUCAUCGGAUAUUGGCGACAAAAAUAUCACUUACAUUGAAAAGUUUUUUAAGCUAUACAAACAAAUUCUUCGGCAAAAGCUAGCAUGGAGUAUGCAAGAUUGGAUGGGCAUGGUACUAUUUGGUACUGAAAAGAGUGACACAAAUUUACCAUGGACAAAUAUUCAGACUCUGCAAGAACUCAGAGUUGUUACUUUGGAUGAUUUACAACAGAUCAGAAAACUAACUAAAAGCAAGAUGAAGGGUUACGAGAGUAUGAAAUUAAAAAAUGAUGUUCUUCUUCUUGAUGCGUUGACAUAUAUUACAGAUAUCUUCUUGAAAAUAAAAACAGUCCUCACUAAACGUAGGAUAGUUUUGAUUACUUGUUAUGACCCUGACUAUCCGGACGACGAAAAACAUCGCAUCAGAGCAAAAGCAAAGUCUUUGAAGGAGUUGGGCAUUAAUCUGCAUGUGAUUGAUAUGAGAAAUAAUUGGCCACUCAAUGAUUUCUAUAAAGAUUUAGAAAUGCUGUCAAGUAAGAUAGAUACAGGUAUUUACAGAAGAACAUCGCUUGUGGAUUUGGUACAACAGAUUAAAGCGCCGUCCAAAAAUAUCGCACGUAUAUCCUUCCAGAUAUCUGAUGGUGUGGAAAUUGAUAUAGUGGUGCGUACUCUGGGCAGAAAACGUCGCUGCUUGCAAACGAAGCCACUAAGUAAAGCGACCAAUCAAGUUUUGUCGAGAUCAACCUAUUUCAAGGGUAUCAAUUUUCUCAAUAACGAGUACAAUGAGGAAAACGAUGAUGAAUCUGAGGAAUCUGAAUUACCUUAUAUGAUACCAGACGAAGUUAACUUGGAAACUAAGGACUUAAUCGGUAACAAGAAGCUGCGUUUCACGCAAAAGGAGCUUUUGCGGAUAAAGCAUUUAUAUCCACCAGCUAUCAAGAUAAUCGGUGUAAGACCUAUGCCUAGUGACUUUUUCAGAUACCAUGUUAAACGGAAGUAUUUUGUUAGAGCGGAUUAUGGUAGCACUCGUAAAGACAAUCUAUUGUUCUUCAGCGCUUUAUUAAAUAAAUGCGGGGCUAAAAAUAAAAUGAUAGUGUGCGCGUUCACAAUGCGGAUGAAUACACAAACUAAUCUUUGCUACAUGAUUCCAAAUACUGAAUUAGGCGGCUUUUAUCUAUCGAAAGUCGCAUUUCAAGGGAACAUAGGAGACAAGAGCGAAGCGUUGCUACAUUAUGACAUGCAGAAGUCUGUAACUGACGAGGAAGUUUUGCUGUGGAAAGAAACAAUCGACAGACUUAAUAUGGACUACCAUCCAUAUAAUUACAGAUCUUACAAAUUGGAGUGUCAGAUACAAAUGGUGGAGAAGUUAGCUCUGGAUAAAGAACCUGGCCCUCCACCGAUUGAUUCCAUCGAGAAAUCAUAUUUAAUGGCCAAAAAGAAAGUAAGUGAUUUAAUACCUGAAUUUUAUAAUAUGUAUCCUGAUAUGAUCAAUGUUGGUCCAACAAAAGCAAAAAGGGCUAGAAAAAAUUAGGAACAUAAUUAUUAAAAUGUGUGUGAUUAUGUAUGUGGAACAUUAUA